UUGUGUGCUGAGCCGUCACCAGAACCGACGGACCCGCUCCUUCCUCGCCUGUGUCACCUGCUGAAAGAGGAGCGUGGCUAUGGCUUCAACCUGCAGAGCGAUAAGAAGAGGGGCGGGCAGAUUGUGCGCUCCGUUGACCCUGACUCACCUGCUGAAAGAGCAGGUGUCCAAUCUGGAGACAGAAUAGUGGAGGUAAAUGGAGUGAACACAAGAGGUCUGAGGCACUCAGAGGUGGUGGCGCUCAUCAAAUCAGAAAGGGAAGAGGUCCGACUCCUAGUGGUGGACCAAGAGACACACGAACUCUUCCACAGACUGGGAAUUACACCAACCAGCACACAUAUCAAAGAGGUCUAUGUGGAUGUAAGACCUGCAGAAAACCCCCGGCCAACCCCGUCCCCAACCAUUGGGCUUCCUGCUUCAGACACACCAAUCAUAAACGUCUCUGUGACAGACGCUACCAUUACAAACCUGUCUCCAAAAUCCAGGGCCAAUGGAAGCACAGCGUCCCACUCCUCUAGAAGCUCCACCACCCAAUCAGAGAUCAGCAGCUCAGAUAUGAGCUUCCAGAUUCCUGAUGAUGACGACCGACGUAUUUCAGACCCUUUCAUAGAAAGUGGCCUGCGCCUGAGUCCCACUGCUGCUGAGGCCAAACAGAAGAUCACCUCCAACCGUAACAAGAAGAGAGCGCCUCCUAUGGACUGGUGCAGGAAACAAGAGGUCUUCAGCAACUUCUGAUCCAAGAAAAUGGGGCGGAAAGGAGAAAAGGCAGAGGAAUGCAAUUUUUCUAACUAGAACCAACAGCUGCAUCGCUUCACUGGUUAUACUUAAGACUGGGAUGAGGACAUGUUUUGUGUGGAGGUCAUACAUUUCAUAAAACAAGACUUCAAAUAACAACCAUCAGGAUAUACUUUCCCUCAUUGUUUUCUGUUUCAUGAAAACAAAAAGCUGCACAUCGUCCUGGAUCUGUGACUCUGGACAGAAAAGCUAUUUCAGUGCAUGAAGAUCCUGCAGGAAAGGUGGUUAUUUCUGUGUUCUUGACAUCACGAAAAGGAUCAUCCAAAGAAGAGGAAUGAGUGUCAUCCUCACCAAAAUGCAGUUGUGGAACUGGAAUAAAUACCUGCUGUAUUUCAAACUCUUUAAGUCAAAGGCUGCUGUCUUUCUGUUGUUAAUAAUGUGCAAGUCUGAUAUAAUGUUCGGUAAAGGCAGAAAGGUCAAACAGGUGGAGAGUUUUCACCUGCCCCUAUGAAAGGCAGCAGGUAAUGCAAUUGCCUGCGUGUGUCUGUGUCAGCAAAAUAUCUCAAACCGGUAGAAAUGUCUUUUUGUAAUACUCAAAGCAAUCACACCUUAAUAAUGUUUGGAACCAACAUAAUUCAAGACGCCUGUGACAGCUAACCAACCUCAGUAAACACAAAUAUCUACAACUCAGUCAGUUUUACAGGCAUUAUAGUAAAAUUUGAUGUGGUAGCUGCGAGUCUUUUACAAUAAAUACUCAGCGCAGAGAUUGUUAAAAAAAACGUCACACAAGGUAGCAGGUGAUAUGCAUUCAUUUAAGAUAAGUUAAUUUGAUUCAUUUUUGUCUUAAACUACAGUUAAAUGUUCAUGUCUGCAGCAGUGCUCCGUUUAGUGUUUAUGAGACAUUAAGUUUGUUUUAUUUAACGAGAGAAGCUGUGGACCAAUAAGACAAUAAUGACUGACUUUAUUUGUUUUUAUUUCCUUUAAUUGUAAAGACAACUUUUCUGUUAUAAACUGUAGUUUAUUAUGAAAAAAUAAUCAUCUGUGUAUUUACUUUUUAUUUUCAAAUUAGAUACU